ACUUCGUAACCUUCUCUCUCAAUCUGACGCUGCCAGCUGCGCUUAUCACGGCACUGACUCUCAUAUCACUUGCCUAUUCAGUCGUCGCUAAAGCACUAGCACCAGGCAACGUCGCCGAAACUGGUCAAAAUGGGAGACAUUCUUGUUGAGAAUCCCGUUAACCACAUCCAACCUCAGAAGAAGACAGUCCUGUCAACCAUCCCUAGUAUCGAGAACUUUGAGGGCGUUUCAACAGAGAUUGGGGAUGACUAUGCUGCGCUGAAGAAGCUACAACGACAGCUUGAGUAUAUCCAGCUUCAAGAGGAAUACAUCAAGGAUGAGCAAAGGAGUCUCAAACGGGAGCUCGUAAGAGCCCAGGAAGAAAUCAAGCGCAUCCAGAGCGUACCGUUGGUCAUCGGUCAGUUCAUGGAGGCGAUUGACCAGAACACCGGAAUCGUCCAAUCUAGCACAGGCAGCAACUAUGUCGUCCGUAUCCUCAGCACGCUCGACCGCGAGAAGCUCAAACCCUCUUCCUCUGUCGCUCUACACCGUCACUCCAACGCCCUGGUCGACAUCCUCCCUCCCGAAGCCGAUUCCUCCAUCGCCAUGCUAGGCGCCGACGAGAAGCCGGACGUCACCUACGCCGACGUUGGAGGGCUCGACAUGCAGAAGCAGGAGAUCCGCGAAGCCGUCGAGCUGCCUCUUACCCACUUCGACCUGUACAAGCAGAUCGGCAUCGAUCCCCCACGGGGCGUCCUACUCUACGGCCCGCCAGGCACCGGCAAGACCAUGCUCGUCAAGGCCGUGGCGAACAGCACGACGGCCAACUUCAUCCGCGUGGUGGGAUCCGAGUUCGUGCAGAAGUACCUCGGCGAGGGCCCGCGAAUGGUCCGCGACGUGUUCCGCAUGGCGCGCGAGAACUCGCCGGCCAUCAUCUUCAUCGACGAGAUCGACGCCAUCGCCACGAAGCGGUUCGACGCCCAGACCGGCGCCGACCGCGAGGUGCAGCGCAUCCUCCUCGAGCUGCUCAACCAGAUGGACGGCUUCGACCAGACCGCCAACGUCAAGGUCAUCAUGGCCACCAACCGCGCCGACACCCUCGACCCGGCCCUGCUGCGCCCGGGCCGCCUGGACCGCAAGAUCGAGUUCCCCAGCCUGAGGGAUAGGCGGGAGCGCCGCCUGAUCUUCACCACCAUCGCCAGCAAGAUGAGCCUGGCGCCAGAGGUCGACCUCGACAGCUUGAUUGUCCGCAACGACCCCCUGAGCGGAGCCGUCAUUGCCGCCAUCAUGCAGGAGGCCGGGCUGAGGGCUGUGCGGAAGAACAGGUACAACAUCAUCCAGACCGACCUGGAAGAUGCCUACUCGAGCCAGGUCAAGGGGUCCAGUGACGAGAACAAGUUCGACUUCUACAAAUAAGGGGUCGGCCUGUGCUCAGAACGCCUGGGAAAGUGUUCUCUGGGUGGGGGUCGGUGCCGGCUGGGUUCGAUCGUGGGUGGGAGGAGGCGUUGGGUUACUACUACAUUGGAGUAACCGGUAGGAACCUCGAGUUAAUAAUCCCGUGGGAGGUUGGAAUCUAGC